GAGAGGGAGAGGAGGUGGGGUGGCAACUGGCGCAAAGAGAGAUAUUCGGGUAAUAGAAAAGAAAAAGAAAAAAACGAAAGUAGAGACGCUCAAAACACCUUCAAUUCCAACCCUCUUUACUGCACCAUGUCUAUGUGAUGUGGCUUUGGCUGCUAUUCUUCAUUCACAUUCUGUUCUAUUCUAAAAAAUUGAAAUUGAGAGGAAAAGGAUUGAAUCUUGCCCUCCCCUCCUAGAAGAAAGAAAGAAAGAAAGAAAGAUUUCAAUCAAAUCAAAAGAGGAAAUAGAUAAGCACAUCAAAGCCGAAGCAAGUAAAAACACAGAGAAUAGAUUCGAUGGGGGAUGGGAAUACGAUAACAAUAGACAACCUAGAAGACCAAGUGGGAAAAGUGGUGGAGCAGACAAAGGAGCUGCAGGAAGAGGCACUUGCCCUGAUUAACAAGAACGCCACCGACGAACAAUCUCUCCGCCAACGUGCCCAAUCCCUCGACUCUUCUAUUUGCCGCCUCCGUUCUUUAAUUGAUUCUCUGCUCUCCGACAAGCUCUUGGAUCCCAAGCUUGCCGACAAGCUUGAAGAAGAGUUGCAGAAGGCCAGAUGCAUCCUGAGCGAUGGAGACGCUGCUUCCUUUCUUCCUGGAAAACCGCAUGGCCGCUUUCUGAAGAUGUUUCUAGGCCCAAUUAAUGUACGAGCCUCUCGCAGAGAUAUCCAGCUCAAGGUUAAAGAGGAGUACAACAGUUACAGAGAUAGAACUGCUCUUCUGUUUCUUCUUUUCCCCUCAACUCUACUUAUUCUGCGAUCCUGGAUUUGGGAUGGAUGCCUGCCAGCAUUCCCAGUUCAGCUUUACCAGGCAUGGUUGUUGUUCCUAUACACAGGAUUGGCAUUGCGAGAAAACAUACUCAGAAUGAAUGGAAGUGAUAUUCGUCCAUGGUGGAUAUAUCAUCACUAUUGUGCUAUGGUUAUGGCCCUUGUUAGUCUCACAUGGGAGAUUAAAGGACAACCAAAUUGUUCUCAGAAGCAGAGAGGAGUACAACUUUUCCUACAAUGGGCUAUGAUGCAAGGAAUUGCUAUGCUUUUACAAAAUAGAUAUCAACGUCAAAGACUCUAUACUCGUAUUGCAUUGGGGAAGGCUAAGAGGAUGGAUGUUGUGUGGGGAGAAACCGCUGGUGUACAUGGCCAGUUGUGGGUGCUGUGUCCCAUACUUUUUAUUUUGCAGGGUUUUGAGGCCUAUGUUGGACUUCUAUUGCUCAGGACUGCAUUUGUUGGGUUUGUCUCUGAAUGGCAGUGCAUAAAAUAUCAAGUGAUGGAAAAACUAUAUUGGCAGGUGAUUUUCUGUGGGAUCCUUUUGGUGCUAAUGGCGGUGGGGAACUUUCUAAAUACAGUACAGACACUCAUGGCAAAGUCAAGGUUUAAGGCAAAGAUGAAAAGAAGUAAGAGCAAGCAGGAGUUGUAGUAAAGCCUCCCUAAUUGUUAGGAUUUAUCUUAAGUCCUUCAUAGGAUCUCAUUUUUGGAAUGUUUUUCUUGGUCUAUAACGUUUGUUGCUGGCUGCCAAAGUGAGGCAGUUUGGAAUGUCUUUAUAAAAUGUUCAUUUUGACCUUCAUAUGAAUGUAGCAUCUGUCCUUUCCAGUC